GGAUGCUCAGGGACAUCACAGGACUCGAGGCGAUACUUUUUCCACAGAAAUGGCUCGUAUUUUGUGCCUGCUGGCUGUGGGACUCGCUCUGUGCCUGCAGAGCCAGGUCGAUGCUGAGCUGAGCAAGAGUUUCAUCCUGAAGACGGUGAACGAAGCCAAGUCCGUUGUUGAUUCAAGUUAUACAUAUUCUAGACAAGUGAGCGUUGAUCGGGUGAGGAGGAAUGCAGCGAAGCCCUCGGACGUGCUGCGGCUGCUCAAGCAGCCCGCAGGUCCGUCCCGCUCCGCGGUGCGCGCCGCAGACUACAUGGCCAAUACUCUGGAUUUAAUCAAGAGAUCUCUGGAAAGACGCCAAAGACGCUCUAUUAACGCCACCGAUCUGAUCUCCGCCGAGGAGCUGGAAGUCAUUGCUAACCUGACGGGUUGCUCUGCACAACUCCGAAGACCAUCUUGCGCAACACUCGGUGGAAACACUUUUCGCACCCCGAACAGCGCCUGUAACAAUCUGGGAAACGGCCGCUUGGGAUCAUCCAACAUUCCCUUUGUCCGGUGGCUUCCUGCUGAAUAUGAAGAUAACAUUUCUCUUCCUAAGGGCUGGACGUCUGAACUGACAAUCAAUGGUCAUAUUCUUCCACUGGUGAGAGAAGUAUCCAACCGUAUCAUGGCCACAUCUAACUCUGAUGUGGAGAAUGACCCACUCUACACUCACCUGGUGACCAUCUUCGGCCAAUGGACUGAUCAUGACUUGACUUUCACCCCUCACUCUCCUUCCAUCCGUUCCUUCAACGGUGGUAUUGAUUGCGAGAAGAGCUGCGACCGCACUGAACCCUGCUUCCCCAUUGAGAUUCCGGAUGACGACCCCCGCUUUGAAGAACACCCAGAGGAAUGUAUGCCCUUCUCCCGCUCUGCACCAGCCUGUGGUUCUGGCAACCUCGGCCACCUCUUUGGGGCCAGCACUGUCCGCCAACAGAUGAACACUCUCACGGCCUUCAUCGACGUCGGUCAGGUCUACGGCUCCGAUGACGUCAAAGCUCGCUCCCUCCGAGACCUGAGUACAGACGAGGGACUGCUGAGGGUCAACACAGAGUUUGAUGACAACGGCCGAAACCUGCUUCCAUUUGCCACAGGCCACAACAUGUGCGCAACCAGAAGGCGCAUAACCAACGACAGCGAUGCAGAGGAGGUGCCAUGCUUUUUUGCUGGUGAUGAACGCUCCAACGAGAACAUCGGCUUGGCUUCUUUGCACACUCUCAUGAUGAGAGAGCACAACCGCCUCGCAAAGGGCCUCGCUGAACUCAAUCCUCACUGGGACGGUGAGAGACUCUACCAAGAGACACGCAAAAUCAUGGGGGCUUACCUUCAGGUUAUCACUUUCCGGGAUUACCUCCUUCACAUUGUUGGACCAGAGUACAUUUCCACCACGCUGUCCACCUACCCGGGAUAUGAUGAGAAUGUAGACCCCAGCAUCUCCAACGUUUUUGCCACAGCCGCCUACAGAUUUGCUCAUCUGAUGGUCCAACCUUUCAUGUUCCGUCUUGAUGAGGAUUAUGAGCAACACCCGGAUUUCCCCAGCCAGUUGUUGCACAGAACCAUGUUUACGCCAUGGAGAAUAACUUCUGAAGGGGGUUUGGAUCCAAUCAUCAGAGGACUUGUGGGUCGCCAAGCCAAGCUGAACACGCAGGAUAAAAUGAUGACUGAAGAGUUGAGGGAGAGACUGUUUCAAUUUUCUGUAGAGCUGGCACUAGAUCUGGCUGCGCUGAACUUGCAGAGGGGCAGAGACCAUGGAAUCCCUGGUUACAACAAAUGGCGUGACUUUUGCGGCCUCUCACAACCCAAAAAUCAGACAGAGCUGGCCGCAGUUUUGAACAACACAGACCUUGCCCGGAGACUGCUUGAUCUGUAUGGCACACCCGACAACAUUGAUUUGUGGCUGGGAGGAGUCGCUGAGCCUUUCGUCCCUGGAGGAAGAGUUGGACCCCUCUUUGCAUGCCUGAUUGCCUCUCAGUUCCAAAGGAUUCGCCAGGGAGACCGUUUUUGGUGGGAGAAUGAUGAAGUCUUCACCGAAGCCCAGAGGGGGUCUAUUAGGGAGACAUCUCUUGCACGUAUAAUCUGCGAUAACACUGGGAUCACUGAGGUACCUGAGAAACCUUUCCAGUACCGACCCAGAGGGGCCGGUUAUACCCAGUGCGAUGACAUCUCUGCUUUUGAUCUCAAUCCUUGGAAAGAGGAUGAAUCUGGUGAAUAUUCAGGACCUUCAGGACGUUCAGGACCUCCAGGACCUAAAGGACCUUCAGGACCAACUGGACCAGCAGGGCCACGUGGUCCUCGAGGCCCCCCUGGACCUCCUGGAAAUGCAGACAAAGUUGCCUUUUCUGUCCGCCUGGGCAACAAUUUCCCCAAAGCUGGCACCCCCAUCCCCUUCCAUGAUGUCAUCUACAAUGGACAGAACAGCUAUAACCCUAAGACCGGGUUUUUCACGUGUGAGAUCGCGGGCGUUUAUGAGUUUGAGUUUCAUGGCACAAUUUAUGAGAAUGCCGCCAGCAUUGAUCUCCUCCGUAAUGGCCACCUGAUUCUGCACUCAUUUACAACUCGCCAGAGUGGGUACAUCUCAGCCAGUGGCAGCACCUUCAUCAAACUUAAUAAGGGAGACAAGGUCUGGUUGGUGGCUAACCAUGGUGGAAAUGGCCUUACCACUGACAGCUUCUUCUCGGGACAUCUUCUCUUCACAGAGUAGGAGGUCUGCAGCAACUGUCGACCCACAAACCUGCAAAAACACAAGUUCUGUGUUGAACCCUAAACUAAAGCAUAAAAAUGAAAUGGGUGAAAAUGUGACUAUAAAUCAAGUAAUCAAAUCUCUGCUUGUUUGAUUUCAACCAAGUUGACAGAAAACAACAUGUAAAGAACAUUACAUUGGUUGACUGUUUGAUGAUCUUUGUUUUUGAUGAAGUAAUUUAUGCCUAAAUAAUGCACUGAUAUUGUACUGUAUGUUUACAAGUAGCAUAUAGAAAAGGGAAAUACUUAUUUUAAAUGUAAUUUUAUUUAACUUCGACGCACAAAUAUGAUUUUUAGAUUCAGAAUUAUUCAUUCAAUUGUCUUUCAAUCCUCUGAAAGAUUAAUGUUUUGUAGCCUUUAUAUGGCAAAUGUAAAACAUCAGGUUAACAUCUCAAAUGUGUACGGCUUCAGUUUUUAUUAGGCCUUGGUUUUAUUGCUUGAUUCUGAAUCACCAUAUGUUUAAUAAAUAAAAUCUGUACAAAGUGA